AAUGUUUUGCCGGGCGGGCGCUUUCCCGGGACUGGGCAAAAACCCCGAGUCGCUCCCGCCUCCUCUCUUCCAAGAACCUCCAAUCCAGAGGAACGAGAGAGUUCGAAGAAGAAGGCCAAUGAGAGAAAGAUGAGUCGAGGAACAGGAGGGGGUUAAGAUCGCCACGUUACCAUGUUCUUCCCUGAGGAUCGCCUCUACCAAGUUGAGUAUGCGUUGAAGGCAGUAAAGGCUCCCAGUAUAACUUCAAUCAGCGUUCGUGGGAACGAUUCCGUUUGCGUGGUCACACAGAUGAAGGACAAGCUUCUGGACUUGACGAGCAUUACUCGUCUCUUCCCGAACAGCAAGUAUCUUGGAUUGCUGGCGACAGGUGUAGGGAAAGAGCUGGUCAUCUUUAAGGCCUUUUCAGAUGAGCCAUGCAUGCAUUGGAAAUUAAAAGAGAGGAUCACAAAAUUGAUGGUCCUGGGUAUUGAUGAAGAAUUAGUGCCUCAACUCUUCAAAUGUGAUCCUGCUGGACACUAUUUUGGUCAUAGGGGGUGGAAGGGGAGGAACAGUAACCAUAACAUCCAAGAGGCACAUAAAAUUGAACUCGUUUAACUCAGAGACAGCAACAAGUGCUCGGUUGAAAGAGCAGGAAGCAGUUGACUUUCUGAAAAGAAAAUGAAGAAGUUGACUUUCUGGAAACAAAAAUGAAGAACAAUCAAUCAUUUACCUAUGAGGAAACUGUGCAGGUAUUUUUGCAGAAAGGACAUUUGCACUAGGAUGCUGAGGCCUUCAAGAUGUCUCUUGCAGAACCUGUAAAAGAUCUUUGGGCUGAUGUCUCUUGCAGCCCUGUAAAACAUCCUUGGUGAUGCCUCACAUUAUGUGGUGACAUAUGCGGAUAGCGAUUGCACGUCCUGCAUUUUAUGAGUAAUACUGUUAUGAGAGGUUGGAACAUUUAUGUUAAA